AUGAAGAGGGCGAGGACCGGGCCCAGUGCUACAGGCCGAGGCUUGGCUUGCCUCGAGAUCCCCGAUGUGUGCAAGGCCAUUCUCUCGUACUGCCUCCGCGAAGCUGCGCAGUGCCUCAGCGUCGUCGUGCUCAGCAAGGCGACCACGCGAUCGGUCGCAGAGUACCAGGAGCUUUGGACCGACCUCAUUAUCGCUCACUACGGCAAGCUACGCUCGCAACCGGCAGUGCGCCCGUGCUCGUCUGGUAACAUACCCGUGGCGGCGCCUGGAUAUGCGCCGUGUACAGCGUGCGUCGAGUAUUUCGAGACGGCUGUCGAACGCUCCAUCUUGCAGCGAUUGGUCAUUCUUCGUGGCGAUAUCCAAACCAUCGCCCACGUGCAAGGCCAAGCGCUGGACUGCCUCGUCUUCCCAACAAACACGUCGUUGAAGAACCAUGGACUUGGCGCGGCUGCAGCUGUCUUUCGUCGAGCUGGUCUGGAACUCGAUGGCCACAUUGCGCGCCUGCACUAUACGGGUAGUAGCACAGCGAGCGCCGUCGUCACGCCUGGAUUCAGCGCCAACGUCACGCACCUCCUGCUGUAUGCGACGUACAUCAAGGCGUUCCAGCACUGCCUGUCCUUGGACGUCUCGUGCUUGGCCAUUGCGUCCAUUUCGACCGGCUCGCUCGGCUUUCCACCUACUCGUGCCGCGAGACAGGCGCUGCGCGCGUACCGCGACUUCGUCAAGACGUACCGGUGGCGUGCCACGGUGGCCAUUGUGUGCCUGGACAUGAACGUCGCUGCGAGCUUGGAAAUUGUGAAGGCGAAGCUCCUGAAGCGCUUCAACAAGCACUGCCGCACGGCGGUGGCUCCCAACUAG